AUGGACUCAAAGGGAGACUUGGCCCACAAAGCAGUCAUCUUUGUGGGAUCAGAGGAAGACUUGACUCAAAAAAUUUGUCUUUUUAUGGACUCAGAGGAAGACUUGACCCAAAAAGAAUUGUCCUUUUAUGGGCUCAGAGAAAAAGUUGACCCAAAAAAUUGUCCUUUUAUGGGCUCGGAGAAAGACUUGACCCAAAAGAAUGGUCCUUUUGAGGACUCAGAGGAAGACUUGACUCAAAGGAAUUGUCCCUUUUUUAGCCUCUGGGUCAAAGACUUGACCCAAUGGAAUUGUCCUCUUCUUUGGGCACAGAGGAACACUUGA